CUAUUCAGUCCCCAGAAAGAAAGAAACACAGAGAGGGAGGGAUACAAGGAAACCAAUCGGAAAAAAAAUGGCUGUUGAGCUUAUGGGAUACUCCGCCGACGGCGGAUUCACGGCGAAGCUACAGGAGAGCGCGGUGAGGGGGAUCCAGAGCGUGGAGGAGGUAAUCAAGCUGCUCAACCAGCAGCAGUUCUACCAGGAGGAGGCUUCCGCCUCCGGCUCCUCCUCUUCCUCCGCCUGCGUCGACGAUCGGAACAUCCAGGUGGUUACGGAUUUGGCUGUUAAUAAUUUCAGGAAGGUGAUUUCUCUCCUCGGCAAGCCGAAUCGGACCGGCCACGCCAGAUUCAGAAGAGCCCCUGUUUCUGCUUCUGCUUCUACCUCCACCGCCGCCGUCGCCGGAUUCGCUCCUCGACCGGAGAAGAAGAUUGUCCAGGAUCAGCCGGGGCCGUCUUCUUACUCUGCUCCGGUGAUUGCUCCUCCGAUGGAGCAAGGGUCUGGCUCUGUUUCCGGCGGCUCUGCUUUCAAGGUGUACCAGCCGACUCCGAUUCACCGGCUGCCUCCCCUGCCGACCAACCACCACCACCACCAGAAGGCGGUGGUGAAGGAGAGGAGCGAAUUGGUGCCGUCUUCCACCAUCAAUUUCUCGAAUUCGCCUUCGAUUUCCGCCGCUGCGACCUCGUUCAUUUCUUCCCUGACGGGGGAUACCGACAGUAUGCAGCAGAGAUCUAUGUCUUCCUCCGGGUUUCAGUUCACCCAGCCCUCUCACGGGAAGCCUCCGUUGUCUACUUCCUCCCUCAAGAGAAAGUGCAGCUCCAUGGAUGACGUCAGAUGCGGCUCCUCCUCCGGCCGCUGCCAUUGCUCCAAGAAAAGGAAAUCAAGGUUGAAAAGAGUGGUGAGAGUGCCGGCAAUUAGUAGCAAGAUGGCCGAUAUCCCGCCGGACGAGUAUUCCUGGAGAAAAUACGGCCAAAAGCCAAUCAAAGGCUCUCCACAUCCAAGGGGAUAUUACAAGUGUAGCAGCGUCAGGGGAUGUCCGGCGAGGAAACACGUGGAGCGGGCGCUCGACGAUCCGAUGAUGCUCAUCGUUACCUACGAAGGAGACCACAAUCACAGCCACAACGACUCGUCGCCGGCCGCUCUUGUUCUGGAAUCGUCCUGAUUGCAAUCGACGGGAAGAGAAGAGUUGGAAAAAAGUCAACUUAAUCGGCGCCUGGUGGGAAGAUGAUCAAUCAGGGUUUAAUUUUUCUUGGGUUGUGAGAUGAAAUCAGGAGCGUUGAGAAGACGAUGAUCAUUAAAGUCCGAGGUACAGAAAAGUCGCUGGGGUGGUGGUGGUGGCGGCAGAGAUAGUCAACGCUCGCAUCAAUGGCAGAGAAAACAGGAGAGGGAAUUAUUAAUGUUGAAAAAAGAAAAAGAAGAAAUACAUAGGAUUCCUUCCUCUCAAUCCCUCUCAAUUCAAUGUAUUGUUAAAUUUUUAUGUUUUUGGAGGAGAUUUUGUGGAUUUGGUGGGCGUUGAGUCAUGCAAACUCUAGUAGUGGGUGGAUUUCAGGGAUUUUUAUUUUUUGAAUUGUUAAAUAUAUAUAUAUAUAUAUAUAUAUAUAAUAGAGAAGAAUAGAGGUGAUUAGAUGAA